AAACCAUCCACAGACGCAUCCUCGUUCGCAUUCUCUCUCUACAACUCCAAAGCCUCCUCUGUUUCUCUGUGUUUCCUCUUCUGGGCAAAGAAGCUAUGGGGGCGACGAUACUCCCAGAUCUCUGGGCCGAGAUUUUGAUCCCGCUGUGUGCGGUGAUCGGCAUCGCCUUCUCCUUGGUCCAGUGGAUGUACGUUUCGCAGGUCAAGCUCUCCCCCGGCGGCGGCCGGGACUCCAACUCCGGGAAAAAUGGGCACAACGAGUACCUCAUCGAGGAAGAAGAAGGCGGUAACGACCACAACGUCGUCCUCAAAUGCGCCGAAAUCCAAAACGCCAUUUCAGAAGGAGCAACCUCGUUCCUCUUCACGGAAUACAGAUAUGUAGGUGCUUUCAUGGUUGCUUUUGCAAUCUUGAUCUUCCUUUUCCUUGGAUCCGUCGAGGGAUUUAGUACAAGUAGCCGUGCAUGUACAUAUGACCAAACCAAGACGUGCAAACCAGCUCUCGCCACUGCCAUCUUCAGCACCAUUUCCUUUUUGCUUGGUGCUGUAACUUCAGUGGUUUCUGGAUUCCUUGGGAUGAAGAUUGCUACUUACGCAAAUGCCAGAACAACGUUGGAGGCAAGAAAAGGUGUUGGGAAGGCUUUUAUUACUGCAUUUAGAUCAGGAGCUGUGAUGGGCUUUCUCCUCGCUUCAAGUGGUCUGUUGGUUCUUUACAUUGCUAUCAAUGUCUUCAAGUUGUACUACGGUGAUGACUGGGGUGGUCUUUUCGAGGCUAUAACUGGUUAUGGUCUUGGUGGAUCUUCCAUGGCUCUCUUUGGCAGGGUUGGUGGAGGCAUCUAUACCAAAGCUGCUGAUGUUGGUGCAGAUCUUGUCGGCAAGGUUGAAAGAAAUAUUCCCGAGGAUGACCCAAGGAACCCAGCUGUGAUAGCUGAUAAUGUUGGUGACAAUGUUGGAGAUAUAGCUGGCAUGGGAUCUGAUCUUUUUGGAUCCUAUGCUGAGUCAUCGUGUGCUGCCCUUGUGGUUGCUUCCAUUUCCUCAUUUGGGAUCAAUCACGAGCUAACUGCAAUGCUAUAUCCUCUCAUUGUCAGUUCCAUCGGCAUCAUUGUUUGUUUGCUCACUACCCUAUUUGCAACCGAUUUCUUUGAGAUCAAGGCUGUAAAGGAAAUUGAGCCAACAUUGAAGAGGCAGCUCAUAAUCUCCACUGUACUCAUGACCGUUGGAGUUGCGAUUGCUACAUGGAUUUCCGUUCCAUCUUCCUUCACAAUCUUCAAUUUCGGAACACAGAAAGUUGUGAAGAACUGGCAGCUAUUCUUAUGUGUCUGUGUUGGUUUGUGGGCUGGCCUUAUCAUUGGGUUUGUAACAGAGUAUUAUACAAGCAAUGCGUACAGCCCUGUGCAAGAUGUUGCUGAUUCUUGCCGGACUGGAGCUGCGACCAAUGUCAUUUUUGGCCUUGCAUUGGGAUACAAAUCCGUCAUUAUUCCUAUUUUUGCCAUUGCAGUCAGCAUUUUUGUUAGUUUUAGCUUUGCAGCUAUGUACGGGAUUGCGGUAGCUGCCCUUGGAAUGCUGAGCACCAUUGCAACUGGAUUAGCGAUUGAUGCAUAUGGUCCCAUCAGUGACAAUGCUGGAGGCAUUGCUGAGAUGGCAGGCAUGAGCCACAGAAUAAGAGAGAGAACUGAUGCUCUUGAUGCUGCAGGAAACACCACUGCUGCUAUUGGAAAGGGAUUUGCAAUUGGCUCUGCUGCUCUUGUGUCCCUUGCUCUAUUUGGUGCCUUUGUCAGCCGUGCUGGUAUCAAAACAGUUGAUGUGUUGACCCCGAAAGUGAUUAUUGGUUUGUUAGUGGGCGCAAUGCUUCCGUAUUGGUUCUCUGCCAUGACAAUGAAGAGUGUGGGAAGUGCAGCUCUAAAGAUGGUUGAGGAAGUGCGCCGGCAAUUCAAUACCAUUCCCGGUCUCAUGGAGGGCACUGCCAAGCCGGACUACGCUACAUGUGUUAAGAUUUCGACUGAUGCUUCCAUCAAGGAAAUGAUCCCGCCUGGUGCCCUUGUCAUGCUUACACCGCUCAUUGUUGGGAUCUUUUUUGGUGUGGAAACUCUCGCUGGCGUUCUUGCUGGAUCCCUUGUGUCCGGUGUACAGAUUGCCAUUUCUGCGUCCAACACGGGCGGUGCCUGGGAUAAUGCCAAGAAAUACAUUGAGGCUGGUGCGUCGGAGCAUGCAAGGACCCUUGGUCCAAAAGGAUCAGAAUGCCACAAAGCUGCUGUCAUCGGUGACACCAUUGGAGACCCUCUCAAGGAUACAUCUGGACCAUCGCUCAACAUUCUCAUCAAGCUCAUGGCCGUUGAGUCUCUUGUGUUUGCUCCGUUCUUUGCCACACACGGUGGCCUGCUUUUCAAGAUUAAUGUUAUCUCUCCGCCUCCACUACCCAUCGCCACCCAAACCAUAUCUAUCUCCCUCCUCCUUCGUAAACCCCCAAAGCCUCAACCUUUCCCCAAACCCAACAACCACCCCCCUCUCCGCCGCAGCUCCCUCAAAAUCCGAUCCAUCGACUCCACCCAAUUCUACGACUACGAGUCCAAGCUCGCCGCCCAAUUCCGCUACGCAAGCAUGCUCAAAAUCGCCGUCAUUGGCUUCGGCAACUACGGCCAAUUCCUCGCCGAGGCCCUCGUCGCGCAAGGCCACACCGUCCUCGCCCAUUCCCGAUCCGACUACUCCAAAACGGCGCAAGACCUCGGCGUUUCGUUCUUCUCCGACCCCCACGACCUCUGCGAGCAGCACCCGCAAGUCAUCCUGCUAUGCACCUCCAUCAUUUCCACCGAGCCCGUCCUCAAAUCGCUGCCUCUCCAGCGCCUCCGCCGCAACACCUUGUUCGUCGACGUGCUCUCCGUCAAGGAGUUCGCCAAGGCGUUGCUGCUCAAGUAUCUGCCUCCCCACUUCGACAUUCUUUGCACCCACCCGAUGUUCGGACCCCAGAGCGCCAAAAACGGGUGGAAAGGGCUUCCUUUCGUCUACGAAAAAGUCCGGAUUGGGUCCGAAGAAUCGCGGGUUUCGCGGUGUGAUAAGUUUCUGAGCAUUUUUGAGGGAGAAGGGUGCCGGAUGGUGGAGAUGAGCUGCGCCGAGCAUGAUAAGUACGCGGCGGAGUCUCAAUUCAUCACCCACACGGUUGGGAGAGUGUUGGGGAUGUUGCACUUGGAGUCGACUCCGAUCAAUACGAAAGGGUAUGAGACAUUGUUGGAUUUGGUGAAGAACACGGAGGGGGAUAGCUUCGAUUUGUAUUACGGGCUGUUUAUGUACAACAAGAAUACCUUGGAGAUGUUGGAGAGGUUAGACGUGGCUUUGGAGGCUAUGAAGAAAAAGAUUUUCGGGCUUCUGCACAAUUCUGUGCGAGACCAGAUCUUUGGCAAUGCGGAGAAGGGAAGAACUUUGCAGGAGGAUAAUGCGAAUCGGGCUCAGAAUGGACCUGCAUUGGCAUCUUCUUCUAGAGCUUCGAGAUCGCCGAAAAUUGCUCGACCACAUGACCAAGAAGCAGAGGUUUCUGAUGAAUCUAGGCUAGAGAUUGCAAUUGUCGGUUUUGGUAACUUUGGCCAGUUCCUUGCUAAGACUAUUGUACGUCAAGGCCAUAAGGUUCUAGCAUUCUCUCGAUCAGAUUACUCUGAAGUGGCUCAUAAACUAGGCGUUUCAUACUUCUCUGAUGUGGAUGAUUUAUGUGAAGAACAUCCUGACGUGAUACUACUUUGUACGUCUAUUCUUUCAACCGAGAAAGUUUUGCGGUCAUUGCCCCUGCAUAGGCUUAAGAGAAAUACUUUAUUUGUUGAUGUUCUUUCAGUGAAAGAAUUUCCAAGAAAUCUCUUUCUUCAAACAUUGCCGCCGGAGUUUGAUAUUCUAUGCACGCAUCCUAUGUUCGGACCAGAAAGUGGUAAGAACGGGUGGAAUGGUCUCUCUUUUGUUUAUGAUGAGGUCAGGAUUGGAAGUGAAGAAUCUAGGGUAUCACGGUGUGAGCAAUUUCUUGAUAUCUUUGCACGAGAAGGGUGCCGAAUGGUGGAAAUGUCUUGUGCAGAACAUGAUAAGCAUGCAGCAGGCUCACAAUUCAUUACACACACCGUAGGAAGGAUUUUGGAGAAAUUGGGUUUGGAGUCGACACCAAUCAACACAAAAGGUUACGAGACUCUGUUGAAUUUGGUGGAGAAUACAGCGGGAGAUAGCUUUGAUCUCUACUACGGCUUGUUCAUGUACAAUGUAAAUGCAAUGGAGCAGCUGAAGAGAUUGGACAUGGCAUUUCAAUCUUUAAGGAAGCAGCUUUUCGGGCGCUUGCAUGGUUUUGUUCGGAAGCAAAAUUUUGAGACGUCGGAUAAGUCUCAAGAUACGCAGGAACAACCGUUGUUGCCAGAACCAUCCCAGAGUGAUCAAAAUUUUGGGAAGUUGGAUGAGUCUCAAGUUACGCAGGAACAACCGUUGUUGCCAGAACCAUCCGGAGUGAAUCUGCACUAAGUCAUGGAUGACCUAUUUUGCUGUCUUUGAUUUGCUAUGGUGAUCUUUCAGUAACAUAUUUAUCUGCAUUUUCACAUAAUUUUCUUUCUUUUUCAUGUAUUUUUUAUUCUUUGUUCUUGUAUUACAAGGGGUUAGGAUUAUGACUAGAACUGGCAAACGGAUCGUGUCUGUGUUCA